CAGGCGGAGGAAAAGCAGCCCGUCAGUGAAUGUGACACGCUUACAAAUACACAGAAAACAUGAUCCGGCUCCAGCGACGCGUUUAGUGUGCUCGAUUCAACUGGAGAGCGGACUGUUGUGUUAUUUUUUCUCGCUUUCCGAGGCAGCAUCAUCAUGGUGAAGCAGUCGGACCGAGCCCCGCUGCUGGACUGGGAGGAGAUCCCACCGCCCGAUCCCAACCAGCCGGCCCAGCCCGUGCCGCAUCCGCCGCUCCGGGAGGAGGAGGACGCCAAGGCGGAGAAGAGUUUGCAGCUAGCCGGGCGUCGUACAUCGUCGGGGACCGCGGCUGGUACUGGGUGGAGCCCUAGCACCGUCGACACAAACAUCAGCUGCAGCCCGACGAAGAGUGUAACAGCUGUUGUUAUCAGCGGGAACGGAAACUCUGGCCGCCCGCUGACACAGAUAUGUGGGCUCGGGUGGCAUCGCCCGGAGCCCCUCGGUUCAGAUCGAAAUCUUCCCUUCCCCGGCCUCUCGGUGAGGGAUCAGUGGGAGGAGAAGGACCAGAUCGUAGCUGUUUUUGUGGUUACCUUUGAUACAAGAUCAGGGAAUAUGGUGGAGUGGUGCCUGCCUCACGACGUCAACCUGGAUGGAGUUGAAUUCAAGUCUAUUGCCAGUGGUUCCCAUCGGAUCAACAGUGACUUUAUAUAUUUCCGUAAGGGCUGUUACUUUGGAUUGGCCUGUUUCGCUAACAUGCCCGUGGAGAGUGAGCUGGAGCGAGGAGCAAGGAUGAAGUCUGUGGGAAUUCUGUCUCCCUCCUACACCCUGCUGUACCGCUACAUGCACUUCCUGGAGAACCAAGUCAGACUCCAGUUGAAGAGUCCAGGCCAGUAUUCCCCCCUGGAGGCCUUUUACGAGGAUAAGAAGGGCGUCCUCCCCCCUGCUGGAAACGGUCUGGUCACUGCUUGCCCGACAUGGAGUGUUACCACCAUCAACCGCUGUAUGCACCCAGAAAUGAAGAUCACCCACCCUGCCGGCUGUAUGUCGCAGUUCAUCCAGUUUUUCGGGGAGCAUAUCAUGGUGCUGUGGAAGUUUGCGUUGCUAAGGAAACGGAUCCUCAUCUUCUCUCCUCCACCUGUGGGUGUAGUCUGCUAUAGAGUGUAUUGCUGUUGCUGCCUGGCUAAUGUCUCUCUACCUGGAAUCGGUGUCUCUGUUCCUGAAUUACGGCCUUUCUUCUACAUCAACAUAGCAGACAUCCCCACCCUGGAAAAAGAGAUGUCAUACGUGGCCUGCACCACGGAGAAGAUUUUCGAGGAGAAGAAGGAGCUGUACGACGUCUACAUUGAUAACCAGAAUGUGAAAACACACAGAAGCCAUUUGCAGCCUCUGCUCCGAGUGAAUGCAGCGGAUAAGGAGAAGUACAGGAAACUGAGCGAACAGAGGCAAAUGUUGCUGUACUCUCAGGAGGUGGAUGGAGAUUGCACCACAAAUGAAGAGGAUCUGUUCAUUCUGUUUUUCAUGGAGCUGAACAACCGCAUCUUCCAGACACUGUCAGACAUAGCGGGGAGCAACGAUCCCACCCUCACCGCUGAGCAUGUGAGGGCCAUGGGGCUGGACCCCCAGGGCGACCGCUCGUUCCUGGUGGACCUGCUGGAAGUGUACGGCAUAGACGUCACGCUGGUCAUAGACAACCUCUGCUGCCACUGAGCCCCCUCCCCCCUCAGACUGGGAAACUGCACUGGAUAUUUGUGCCUUCGUGGCCCACGCACAUCAAGACAUCAAAGACACUGCCUCCCCCCCUGGGAUUUCCAUCUGCUGUUCCCAACUGGGUGUUUGUUUUCCCUUUGUGUGUCUCAGCUGACCUGUGGAGACUGUUACCAAACAUUGUGGAGGAUGAGGACGCUAAAUGUCCACGCACACGUCCACAGUGGCUGAGAACACUUGCCUAGCAGACUGUGUAUCAUUCGGCAGCUGCGUGGUCUUACACUGUAGCCAUUCACAUCCUAUAUCACUCAGUGCUGUUUAAUGUCAGAAAAAUAUGUCUGGACUGGGCUGAAGCACUGGAUUAAAGUAUAGAAGUCUUGAGCCUUUCUGUUCCCCAAAGGAUGUUCCAUUGUUCCCCACUGCACCUAUCACAAUGAAGAAGUCAUUGAAACACACAAACAUGCAGCUUUGGUGUUCACUGAGGAAAAGAUUAAUAUUAUUGGGGGGGAAGGGUAUGCUGUAAUAACAUAGAUGGAUGGUUAUGUUUAAUACAUCAAAUGCUUUUUGAAUACUUUAUUUCCCUUUCAAAAAGGAAGCAGUAGGAUUAGAGCCACAACGAAAAAUAAUCGCAAACUAUUUUGAUAACUGAUUAAUCAUAGAAUUGUAAAGUAAUUAUUUGGGCAAAAUAUUCAGAAGAAAAGCAGUUUUCAGCUUCUUAGAUAAGUAGACAUUUAAAGAUAUCACAUAAGAUAAAAAAAAUGGGAUGGACAUUUUUCACUUUUUUCUCAAUUUGUAUAUAUGAUAAAUAUAUUAAAUGAAUAAUCUAGCAAACUAGACAAUAAUCGCCAAAUUAAUCUAUGAUAACAAAUGAUUGCAUAUUGCAGCACUAAAUAGAAGUGUUUGCCAAUUGAAAUCGGCCUUAUUUAUGUUUGUGCAUUUCCACGUUUUUCUCUAGUUCUAUUUUUAUUUAACAAUUGUAAGUGAGUACUUAGGAUGUUUAUUAAUAUGAUAUAUAUCCUCUUUUUUUAUAACGGGGAUGGUAAAUUAUUAGGAAAUUGACUCGCUUAAAAAUAAAGCUGUUAAUACUUUAUUCACCUUUUGUAUGCACCUUCAAAAUGAGGUAGAUGUGAUAGUGUGUUUGAUCACAGUCAAAGUGAGGAAACGUUCUGUUGUGUUACAUGUUAAGCUGAGGUUCUUGAAUAUUCCAUGAAUGUGACUACUGUAUAACACUAAUGAUUGCUGCACCAUGUCUACUACUGGAAUAUCUCCUGAUGCACACAUGCUUAAAAUUGUAUGACCUACAAUCUGAGCCAGCCAAUUGUGUUGAAUUAGUGUGUUGCACUGUAUAAAGGCUUUCAUUGUUCCCUUUUUUUUUUUACUUGAACCUGUGACUGUUAUCAACAGAGGCCAAUAUGUGUUUUGUGACGCGUUGAGUGAAGAGUCAGUGAUGGUAUACUUGUUGAGCAGCUUUAAAAAUAUCCUCUUUGCUUGUCUGUGUCUGUGACAAACAUCUCUUUGUGGUUUUUUUUAUAUUUCGUUGUUCACCGUCGCUCCUCACAGUCCCAUUGAUUGUAUUCAGAUCCUGGGAUAGGCCAACUGGCAGACUGCUUUAUCUCAUCUAUGGCAUUGUCAAUCAUUUGUUCCAUGUUGGAACACACAAGGCUGAUGUUUGCCUCAUAUACAUUUGGAGUAGUAUACAUUAGUGUACCCCCCCCCCCCCCAAUGCAAGCCAAGUUAUCUUUUUUUAAAGUGACACGCGUACACACAUUUCAUUUUUUGAAAGUUUAGCACAUUCCAAAAAGGAUCUUUCAACUCCUGUUGGCCUUUCCAUUGACUUUCACCAAUUUUCUAGGUUUACAAAAACAGAAUAAAAGUGAACCAAGUAUUUUAUUUGAAAUUCUUUGUUUAAAUGGGGCCUUAAUGAAAGGUGAUUUGUGAAAGUGAAUCAUUACUGUAUCUAUUUGCUGUAAGUAUAUUAUCCUACGCACUUCUGAAUGACAUUGCUGUGAAACCUGUUCACCCUAACUCAUUUAAUUACUUCUCAGCAGACCUAUACACUUGCCUCUGACAGUGUUUGCUUUACAGUUGUUUGUUAAAUGUAUAAGGGAAUGCACACAACACACACACACACACACACACACACACACACACACACACACACACACACACACACACUACUGUAUAACAUGCCUUCUUUGUGGAGUCGUUAACAGACCAGCAUCAGAGUCGUCACACUAUUGAAUGUCAGAGACAGCAAAAGUAUUGCACACAUGCAGCAAAUAAAAAGUGUAACAUUUUCCUUCUUGAUUGUAAUGUAAAUAACAAGUACUCACUGAAUAAUAUGUCUUCACCUUUACUAAUGUGAAACACUGUAAAAGAUGUCAGUAAUGUACAAAUCAAGUCAAGCAUGAGCUAAUUUCACUGUACUGCCAUCGUAAAACAAUAAAACAUUAAUACAG